UUCACAUUUCGGCACAGCAGUUCUCUUAAAUUCACCUGUAUCUUUGGAACAAUGCCACCCAACAACACAGAUAACUGCAGCACAUCUCACUUCAGAUAUCCACUUUUCACUUCCACCUACAGCAUCGUGCUGCUGUUCGGUCUUCCUUUGAACUUCGUGUCUCUUUGGAUACUGGUUUGUCGGAAUGGCUUGAGGAAAUCCGUUUCGGUGAUCUACAUGGCCAACCUGGCCUUAUCGGACCUUCUUUUCACACUUUCCCUGCCCUUUCGGAUCAUCUACUUCGCCACAGGUGAAUGGAAGCUGGGAAACGCUCUAUGCAUGAUUCCAGGGACCCUCUUCGCCGUCAACAUAUACUCCAGCUCCUUGUUCAUCACGCUCAUCAGUGUGGACCGGAUGCUGGCCGUGGUGUAUCCACUGAGAUCUCGACAUUUGCGGACGGUACCGAUGGCCUGGGUGCUUUGUGUGAUGGUGUGGCUGAUCAUCGCUGGAUUGGCAGUGCCAACAGCCUUAAACCACCCUGAAAACAAGGACAACGCCUGUAACGUUACACGCUGUUUUGAGAAAUACUCUGAAAGGAAUUGGAAGAAUGGUUUCAUAAUCCUCUGCUUUACCACUUUCUUUGGUAUUUUAGUACCUUUCUGCAUUAUUUUGGGCUGUACGGUGUCAGUCGUGCGGCAGCUGAAAGGUUACAGCAUGGCAACUUCCUCGUGCAACACCGAGCUGAGCAAAAGCAAGAUUGUAAAGCUCUUUCUGUCUAACUUGCUCAUCUAUGCCAUUUGUUUUAUCCCAUUCCACAUUGCUUUUGUCCUCUUCGGCCUGAGCAAACGUGAUUUCUUGCAUGGAGACAAUUCUCUUGAAGUUUACUUUAACCUACAGACUGUUACCAUGUGCAUGGCCAGCACAAACAGCUGUCUGGACCCCUUGAUCUACUAUUUCAGCACAAAGACUAUUAAAGGCAGAAGCAGAUGUGAUUCUUCAUCCAAAACCGUUGGUCUCGGCCUGGUUCAGAGCAUGAGUUGGAACGGACAGUAAAGCAACAAACCAUCAUAAUUGCUUAUGUUGUUGAGGUAAACAAGCUCUUAGUCUGAAAGGAAAUGGUUAUGUAAAAAACCAAAAUCUUAAACCAAAAGCUGACUCACGCAAGAGAGAAUUGCACGUCUCUGCUCCUGUGCAUCACAUGCAACUCUGUUUACCCAUCUCGGGCGUCCUAAAGUGGGUGAAAAGGGAACAAGACACCAAACGUUGAGCCAGUGUGCUUCAUUAUCUGCCAAUGUGAUAUACUUUAAAUUGUUCUGCAAAACUUGCAUUGUUACAAAUCAUCAAAUUAAGCUGUGUAUAUUUGCUUAUCACUGAGAACCAAGGGCAGUAGCUACUGUGAAUAAUUUUGGCCCCUCUGGUUGUAUAUUGCAAUGUUUUGCCGCAUUAGCUGCAUUUCUACCAGCAUUACCGUUGAAAACCUGUUCGGUUUUGUCUUUUUUCUGUGUUUUUGUGUCAUUGAGGAAUACUUUUGAACUGCAUCUUUAUUUCCCCAAGAUUGCACUUAAGUUCUGCAUAGUAAUAUG